AACUCCCUUCAUGGCUCCUUAAUGCAUGCUACUGGCCAUGGGGAACUGUGGAUGGACCAGGACAGCACUUCUAAGUUUUCCCCGUUUGGCUGGAGGUGCACCACCAAUGAAAAUGAUUACUGAACAAAAAACCUUAUGGGGAACUGGAAUGAAUAGUGAUACGAUAUCCAGAGAACUGUGCAGCCCAAGCCGCUUCCUUCCCAAGGUCACUGCUUUGAAACAACAUACUCUUCAGAUUACAACAAGGGAAAGCAUCAGUGA